AUGGAAAAUCAUAACAAUGUCACAGAAUUCAUUUUCAUGGGACUGUGGGGAAACAGGCACACAGAGCUACUGCUCUUCUUCUUCUUCCUGCUUUGCUACCUGGCGGUCUUGAUGGGGAACUUCAUCAUCCUGCUCACCAUCACCUGCAGCCACCUCAUUGAACAGCCCAUGUACUACUUUCUGUGCCACCUCUCCCUCAUGGAUGUCAGCUACACCUCCACUGUGGUUCCACGGCUAAUCAGGGACUUAGCUGCAGUAAGAAAGAACAUUUCCUAUGGUGAGUGUAUGACACAGCUCUUUACUCUCCACCUGCUAGCCGGUGUUGAAAUCUUCAUCUUGGUGUGCAUGGCAUUAGAUCGCUAUGUGGCCAUUGUCAAGCCCUUGCACUACAUGGUCAUCAUGAACCGGAAGAGGUGCCACAUGCUGAUUGUCAUGGCUUGGCUUCUGGGGUUUUGGCACUCCAUUGCUCUCCUGCUCAUGGUACUCAGCUUACCUUUCUGUGGUCCCAAUCAGAUAAAUCACUAUUUGUGUGACGUGAAACCUCUAUUGAAACUGGUCUGCAAAGAUAUCCGUGUGGUUAAUAUCUUAGUGAUCGCUAAUUCAGGGAUGGUGGCAGUUGCAAUUUUUCUUGUUUUGGUAUCUUCUUAUAUUCUCAUUUUAUACAACCUCAGGACAAGGUCCUCUGCUGGGCGUCGCAAAGCCUUGUCAACCUGUAGCUCUCACAUAAUGGUUGUAGUUUUGUUUUUUGUGCCUUGCAUCUACAUCUAUGUACUACCUGCAGGAAGUGAGAACGAGGACAAGGAAGUGUCUGUGUUUUACACUGUGAUUGCCCCCAUGCUAAACCCUCUCAUCUACACCCUGAGAAAUACGGAGAUGAAACUUGCCAUGCAGAGGGUAUGGUCUCGAUUGUCACAUUUGGAAUUACAAUAA